CAAUUUCAACUCUUCUAGCCUCCCUUAACGGUGUUAGGGUUUAUUUGGGUUGAAGAGGAAACCGACUACACACCCGAAGAAUCACCUCUUGAUUUCGUCAAUUGUAGUGAUUAGCCACUCGAUUUUGUUAAAUUUGCUGAUAAAUUAGUCGACUUUGAGUUCCGAUAAUAUCUAUUGUAACAGGUGAUAAUGGUAUAUGCUUGUAUGAGAUACUGACUGAUGGAUCCUGAAAGCAAGAGGUUUGGAAGAGGUCCAAAGGAACUAACGGGUGGUGUGGAUCUUAUAAAUUACUACAAAUUAUUCCCUCAUUAUGAGCUCUUCUGCAAGAAAUCGCUUCCUUUAUCCAUUUCAGAUGCACAUCACCUUCGUAAUGUUGUUGGAGAUACAGUGAUUCGGAAAGGUGAAGGAAUGGAAUUGAAUCAGCUCAUUGAAAAGGAAAAUACAUCCUUCUCAAAAUCAAGAGUCACAAAUACACGCAUUCAACCAUUUGACCUAAACGCCCUCAGGGACGCCUUUUACUUGAGGGAAACUUUUCCUAUUGACUUGCCACCUUCGGAAAAGGGGAUUCCUACCCAAGUUGGAAUAUCUAAAAGUGAAUCUAAGGAUAAAGAAAAGAAGCAUAAAAAACACAAGGACAAGAAUAAAGAGCAUAAAAAACACAAACAUCGAAGUAAACAUCAUGAUUUUGGUGCUGAAAACUUGAAGAAACCCAAUGACAAGAAAAGGAAGCAUGAUGGAGAUGAGGACCUCAAUGGCAUUCACAGGCACAAGAACAGUAAGCAUAAGAUGGACAGAUUUGGUGCAAUAAGGAUAGCAGCUUGAAAAAUGAAAAUCACAUGUGGUCUAUGUACCUUUUGUUUUGUCCUCAGAUAUUGUAUUUUGAAAUUUCAAUGAGGUCCUUACUAUAGUCAAACUAAUUAAGAACUAUCCAAAGAGCAACCGAAUAUCAUUAAGAAGGUGAAUUAACCUGUUAAUCCAAGGUUCAAAUUGAUUAUAGAAAAGGUAUAUAAAUGAAUUAGUUAUCCUAAUCAUUGAAUAUUUAAUGAACGUCAUUAGGUUUAUAUACACCCUCUUGCAUGAAAGUCUGGUAGUGAACAUUGAUAUCAAUUUUGUUGCAUUUUAGAAAAGAUGCGAGGAUGUGUGUAAAUCAAAUGGAGAACAUAAACCUUUCAAAAGGUUGUUUUGUAUUUGUUUUUACUUAUUUUAUUUUAUUUUAUAAAGAGGUGCUUGUUCAUGUU